AUGUCGUUCGAUCUCAAAGACAUCCCUCUCCCAACCAUUGAUCGCCCGUUCGGCAUCGAGCUAUGGCCCUACUUCAACAAGGCCUUUGAGGCUGUCGUCGGCUACCCUGCUGACGACUUCCGCUUCGUCUCGGGGCAGACGCCAUUGUCCACACUAUCCGAAACGGCUGUGGCACUGCUAACAUACUAUGUGGUCAUUUUUGGCGGCCGUGAAGUCAUGAAGAAUUUCCCUGCUUUCAAACUGAACACACUCUUCAUGCUGCACAACUUUGUCCUCACCUCCGUCAGUGGAAUCCUGCUAGCUCUGUUUUUGGAGCAACUGAUUCCCACCCUCUACCACCAUGGUGUUUUUUAUGCUAUUUGCAACCACCAGGGCGGAUGGACCCAGCCUUUGGUUGUCUUGUACUACCUCAAUUACCUGAACAAGUAUUUUGAAUUUCUCGACACUCUUUUCCUCGUCCUGAAGAAGAAACCGUUGACCUUCCUUCACACGUACCACCAUGGUGCUACCGCUCUUUUAUGCUACACUCAACUUGUUGGUUUGACUUCGGUCUCAUGGGUGCCAAUUACUCUCAACUUGCUUGUGCACGUCGUCAUGUACUGGUACUAUUUCCAAAGUGCUCGUGGAGUCCGCAUCUGGUGGAAGAAGUACAUCACUAUUCUCCAGAUCGCCCAAUUCGUCAUCGAUUUGGUCUUCGUCUACUUUGCGUCUUACACCUACUUCUCGAGCACCUACUUCCCAUGGGCCCCUAACGCUGGAACCUGUGCUGGCGAGGAAUUUGCAGCUUUCUCCGGCAUGGGUAUCCUCACUUCAUACCUCGUUCUCUUCAUUUCCUUCUACUUUGUCACCUACAAGAAGACCGCCAAAACUGGCCGUCCUCGCAGAAACACUGGUCGCCAAGCUCUUAUUGAUAUGAAGGAUGCUGAAGUCCCUAGCGUUGUCCCCAACGGUCAUGGCCACUCCAACGGCAUUGCUACCAACGGCUCUACAUCUGCACGUGAGAACGGCGGUCCUGUCACCCGUUCCCGCAAAGCAUAA